AUGGUGCUGGUGGUGGUGAUGGGCGUCAGCGGCUCAGGGAAGACCACGGUGGGGUCGCGGCUGGCAGAGAAGUUGGGAUGGAAAUUCUACGAUGCAGACGAUUAUCAUCCUCUAGAGAAUAAGAAGAAAAUGGCGGAGGGGAUACCACUAAAUGAUGAGGACAGGAUUCCUUGGCUUUGCACAUUGCAUGACAUACUAAGAAGAGAAGACACAUCUAGACAAGAUACAAUUCUGGCCUGUUCUGCACUGAAGAAGAUGUACAGGCAUGUGUUAAUUAGCGGAGCAUCUGCAGUUGAAAGCAACCAGUCAGAGCAACCAGGAGAAAAACCAGCACUGAAGAUCCUCUUUGUUCAUUUGGACGGACCUAUGGACAUCAUUGCUGGCCGCCUGGAGAAGCGGAGAGGUCAUUUUAUGCCACUUGAACUUCUCAAGUCUCAGUUUGAUACUCUAGAGCCACCUAGUGCACCAGAAAGCUUCAUUACUGUCAGUCUAGAAAAAUCUCUCCUGGAAAUAGUGCUGGAGAUUGAGAGUGCCAUUCUUCAGAAUGAGCUCUGCCAGAGUAAUCUUCUGAAUUGA